CUCGACUUCUCUCUCACCAACCUUCCUAAACGUCUUCUUCGUUACUUGAAGCUUUCCUCUAAACGCGGCCUCGAACGAAGUUGCAUAGAACUUCUGCCUCGGUUAUCCUGGUCGCGAAUCACCGUGUACGCUAUAACCUGCGAAUUUCUUUCUCCGAUUAGUUUUCGGCGGACUCGCUCAUGUCAAUGUUGUUACCACGGACUCCUCUCCUUCGACGCGUUCUUUCCCUCCGCAGUAACCGAUUCAUCUUUGCGAUACAUAUAAGAAAAUAUUCACCAAUCGCAUCCCAUUCCUCAUUCCCAGCCACAUUGUAUCACUUCAAUCAAGGUCCAAGGUCUAAUCUUUUCGAUUAUGAUGCCGUUAGUCAGGAAUAUCGGGACACCAAGUAUGGGAGUGAUGGAGUCAAGUUAGCCACCGAUGGGCUUGUUCAUCCUGCAGUAUACCGAGACAUGCCAUUCGCUAAUGGAGCACUCUUCAUGCCAAAUACAUUUAAUAUGCAAGAACACGUGCGGAUGUUUUAUGAUUACUACCUUGAGGAUGUUGAGGGUGGCAAAAGCAUUGAGAAACCUCUUCUAUUUCGCAUUGCGAAAGGAACGCAGCUACCGACUAGCAUGACCUUAUUCAAUGACUUUGGAGCGACCUUUUCUCUACAACCUUCUCGUGGAAUUUCCUUGCAAAGCCUGAAUGAAACUUUGGACGAAUUCUAUUCAAAAUGUGCGGAGAAACACGACCUAGAUCAAUGGCUGAUCGAGCAUAAAUAUGCUGCUGCUAUAGAUGAUGCAAAAACUGAAAAGUGGAUGGGUGUUUAGUACUUGUGCUCAUAUUGCUGCUGCGAAAACUUGGGUUCUAGUGCACCUUGAUAGACAAUAGGGUUGGGUUUCACCGGGCUAUGAAAUAUAUUAUGAGAUGAUAU